AUGAGUGAUUAUUUUCCUGCGCCGAAGCCAUUUUCCUUAGAUGGGAACAUUUCAGAAAGUUGGAAGCGCUGGCUACAACAAUAUGAGCUAUACAUGUGUGCCACUGAGAAGGAUAAGAAAUCUGAGAAACUACAAUGUGCCACUCUAUUAUCGCUGGCAGGAGAGCAAGUUAUAGAGCUGGUAGGUACAUUUAACUUCGGAGAGGAGGAAAAGGAUAAGAUAGAACCUUUGAAACAGAAACUUUCUGAAUACUGCAUUCCGAAAAAGAAUGAAACGUAUGAGAGACAUGUGUUUAAUAGUAGGGUACAGAAAUCCGGAGAAACAUUUGAUCAAUUUCUAACAGAGCUCAAAGUUCUUUCAAAAGAUUGUGGUUUUGGGAAUCUGAAGGAAGGUCUGAUUCGAGAUAGAAUUAUAGAAGGGAUCGGCAAAGAUCAAACCCGGGCACGCCUGUUAAGGGAACGCGAGCUGAAUCUGGAUAAAUGCAUUGAUUUAUGUAGAGCCGCGGAAAGAACUGACGUACAAAUGAAAGGUAUCGUGUCGGAAAACACUACUGAAAAGAAAUCCGUAGAUUUGAUAAAGAAACAGUCUCAAAAGAAUCCCAACCAGAGUUCAUACAAAGGAAAAGGCCCACGAGUCCCGCAACAUAAUACAUCUCGAUGUCAGAAAUGUGGAAUGGAUCAUAAAGGAAGUCCAUGUCCAGCUAAGGAAAAAACUUGUUAUAAAUGUGGUAAAACAGGACAUUACCAGAAACUGUGUAGGACAAGAACCAAUUUUAACAACAACAAUUUGAAAACGAAACCAAAACACCAACAGAAAGUACACUCAGUCGAGACAGAUCAACAAUUCUUUGUAGAUGCAGUACAUGACAGCAACAAAACUGAUGAUUCAUGGAUAGUUAACAUUGAUGUCAAUGGAUGUGCUAUACCGAUGAAGCUCGACACAGGCUCAGAUGUCAACAUUAUGGGUAUUGCAGAUUUUAAUAGGAUCAACAAGCAAUGUCAUAAAAUUAGACUUCACCAGUCAACAGUUAAAUUGACAGCCUACAAUGGAGGAUCUGUCCCAACCAAGGGACAAUGUGUACUGGACAUAAAAUACAAAGGUUUUACAAAGAAAGCGCUGUUUGUCAUUGCUAGCAGUGUUGUUAAACCUAUCCUAGGUAGAAAGCAGUGUGACAGUAUGGGACUUGUCAAACGGGUACUGAUGGUGGAAAAGGAGGACAGUGUAAAAUCACCAGAUAUUUUCACAGAGUACAAAGAUUUAUUUGAAGGGCUAGGAUGUCUUGCCGACAAAGUAAAGAUUAAGUUAAAACCUGAUGCAGAACCAGUAGUGGAACCCUGCAGAAAGGUACCAUUUGCACUCCACGACCAGUUGAAACAGGAGUUAGACAGGAUGGAGGAACUACAGGUUAUAAAGCCUAUUGAGGAGCCAACUGAAUUUGUAAAUUCCAUGGUAAUUGUACAUAAAAGCAAUGGAAAGUUGCGUGUUUGCCUGGACCCCAGAAACUUGAAUAGGGCUAUAUGUAGAGAACAUUUCAAGUUACCCACUCGUGAAGAAAUUAUGGCGAAGUUUGCUGGUGCAACAGUCUUUUCAAAGCUUGAUGCAUCAAGCGGAUUUUGGCAACUACAACUGGAGGAAAAAAGUUCCAAAUUAUGUGCCUUUAAUACUCCAUAUGGUCGAUAUCGGUUUCUUCGUUUACCAUUCGGAAUCUCCAGUGCACCAGAGAUCUUCCAUAGAACUAUACACCUUUUGUAUGAGAACAUGAGGGGCGUGGAUACAUCCAUGGACGAUAUCAUAGUAUGGGGAGUUGAUCAGGCAGACCAUGACAGAAACUUGCGAAACGUGUUAGAUAAAACGCGAGAAGCUGGGUUAAAACUACAGCGUGAGAAAUGUGAAAUUUCUGUGCCCGAGCUAACAUUUCUUGGAGAUAGAGUUACAAAGAACGGUGUUAAGCCUGACCUCGAAAAGGUCAAAGCUAUUCAAGACAUGGAAAACCCCAAGUGCAAAAACGAUAUUCAACGUUUCCUAGGGAUGAUCAACUACUUAGCGCGUUUUAUAAGAGACUUGUCAACGCAUACAGCACUCUUGAGAGGUUUGCUAGAUAAGAAAAACUGUUGGGAAUGGACAGAUGUUCACCAGAAAUCGUUUGAGAAUUUGAAAGAAAUUGUCUCAAACAGUCCAGUACUUCAGUACUACGACCCCACAAAGUUGAUCAGGAUUUCUGCAGACGCAAGUCAGAAAGGACUUGGCGCAGUACUUCUACAAAAGCACAACACCGAGUGGCUCCCUGUUGCGUAUGCAUCACGGGCAUUGACGGACACAGAAUCACGAUAUGCAUCGAUCGAGCGGGAAGCAUUGGCGGUUGUCUAUGCAUGUGAAAGGUUCCACCAGUAUGUGUACGGAGCAAAGUUUGAGGUUGAAACAGACCACAAACCACUAUUAGCGAUUUUUACAAAAGGUUUAAAUGAUUGUCCGCCCAGGAUACAACGAUUCCGACUACGGGUACAAAAAUAUGACGUAACCUUAUUACAUACACCAGGAAAGUAUAUGUACACUGCGGACACGUUGUCGCGAGCUCCAGUUCAUGGUGAACAGUCCACAACCGAGAAUGACGUUGAGGUAUAUGUUGAUGGAGUCAUGGCAAAUAUUCAAGUCGCAGAUCGUAAACUUGAAGAGAUACGUGUAAAAACACAAAAAGAUACAGUGCUCAUUAGCUUAAAAAACACCAUUAUGGAUGGAUGGCCAGAGAGUCGCAGUGACUGUUCUUAUGAGAUACGACCAUUUUGGAACUAUAGAGAUGAACUGUCAGUGAUUAAAGGGAUAGUAUUCAAGGGAUCCAGAGUGGUAAUUCCUAAAAAUCUCAGGAAAGACAUGUUACAGAAAAUACAUGCUGGACAUUUAGGCAUGAGCAAAUGUAAACAAAGAGCACGCGAAGUGUUAUUUUGGCCUAGCAUGACUGAGGACAUAGAGAAUUUGGUGAAAAUUUGUGAACCAUGUCAAGUUCACCAGAAACAACAGAUGGCUGAACCAUUGUUGUCACACCCAAUACCGUCAAGACCAUGGCAGAAAGUCUCAACAGACUUGUUUGAACUGGAUAGAACCCCAUAUAUUGUUGUCGUAGAUGCCUUUUCUGGCUACCCUGAGGUGGUACAACUAACCAAUCAAACCUCAACAGCGGUGAUCCAAGUCAUGAAGACUACUUUUGCUAGAUACGGCAUACCUGAACAGGUAAUGAGUGAUAAUGGCCCUUGCUAUAGUAGCAAGGAGUUUCUUAAAUUUGCGGAGGAAUGGGAUUUUCAGCACGUGACUAGCAGUCCAGGAUAUCCGAAAUCCAAUGGUAUGGCUGAACGAGCAGUCCAAACUAUGAAAUCCAUUAUUCGCAAAUGUAAACAAACCAACCAAGAUCCACACCUAGGAUUAUUGGCAUACAGAACAACACCUAUGGAGAAUGGAUUAUCUCCUGCUGAGAUGUUAAUGGGUAGACAACUCCGCUGUAAUUUGCCCAUUGCAACUGGAAAACUAAACAAACCCGAAGACCACUAUGUCAUGUCGUGGAAAGAAAGACAGAGAAAAACACAGAAGUAUUAUCACGAUCGGGUUGCAGUUAAAACGCUUGAACCACUCACAGAAAAUACAAAGGUUCGACUUUGUGAACUAGGAGAAAAGAACUGGAGAAAAUAUGGAACUGUGAUUGGUCCGGUAGGACCAAGGUCCUACAAGGUUAAGUUGAAUGACAGAACAGUGAGACGAAAUAGAAAGGAUCUACGUGUAACAGAUCCUAACCUUGAACGCGAACUUGAUAUGGAACGUGAACCUGAUGUUGAACGCGAACCAGAAUUUGAAGUUGACUGCAAACCAGAACUUAACCCAGAGCCAGAACUCGGCAAUAGUGACAUUGAGACGAGUAACAUGUACAAAACACGCAGCGGUCGUGUCAUUAAAGCCCCCAAAAGGCUGAUUGAGGCCUAA